CCAAGAGGAGCCCUGGGUGGCCGUGAAGAGCUGUGUUUGGCACAACAGCGGGCUGCAAAAAGCAGAAGAGGAACACAGAAUUGUCAGAAGUUCCUCUACACACCACCAGUCCUGGACAGGGGGUGUCUGGGAAAGAGUGGAACUCGGACACCCUUGAAGAAAAGCGGAAACUUCCCUUUGAAGUGUUGAUGUCAACCUCCACUGCAGUAACACCCAGCACUGAGGAAGUCGGAUCCAUCAAGCCCCUAUCAAGCCAGCCCCUGAGCCAGCCCAACAGACCACCCCAAAUUCUGACAACUGGGAGGCUGAAAAACCCAGAGACCUCAAGUGGCUGUUCAAGACACAGUGCGCAGUGAAGUGACAGUCUCAGGAGGACGUUGCGGUUAUCUUCAGUUAUCUGUGCUCUUUUCUCUAUAGUGUUUUACUGGUUUGGGAUCUGGCGUCUCGUCUCCUUUGGACUUUAUCCCUGUACUCAUCGGUUAGAUCUGAGUUGAGUGUGUAUGAUGUCUAAAAUGAUGUCUUUAAUAGUUUAUUUAAUGGCAACUUUUUAUUGGGGCCCUGGAAAUGCCCAGUGGACUACCAACAGUCUUUUAAGAAUUUCUGAUAUUAUUGCCAGAGGAGAAAAAUUGCAAGAUUGUUGGAUUUGUCACCAGUCCCCUGGGACACAGAAAGAGGGAGGCCUGCAACUUCAGCCUACAUCCAAUUACACAGAUGUUCCCAAUGUGACAGUCCAAGAGAACUGGAACCCCAUCACAUACACUGCUUUUCUGGCUUCUGGUUCCAACAUCUCAUACAGUUUUAAUAUCACAGACUAUUAUAAUUACACAAUCUCUGACAAUCAUAGCUGCACUAAAUGGCUCCCGUAUGGAAUACCAAAAGAUCAGCACCGCAAGCUCAAAUGGAUGGGUAUUGAUGUGAAAACCCUCACAGUGACCUCAAGCAAAGAUGAAGGAUGUGAACCUGACUAUAAACGAAUUUGUUGCUAUGCUUGUAACCCUGACGACAUCACAAUGGAUCCAGGUUGGCCUUGCACUCCGACUUCUAAAGAAUCCAUAUGCAGACUAGCUGUCCCCUGUACAUCCUCCUGGUCCUUAGUCCCUAAUCACCAUCCUGCAAUGGCCCAAGCCAGUAAAUGGUGUCCUGCAGGUGAUGAUGCCCACCCAGCUUGUUUACUUUACUCUCACCCCUACCCUGUUGGCAUGCUUCCAUUCUCCGGAGGCAAGCGAACCACCAAUGUUUGGCUGAAUCACGCUAACCAAUCCCUAGCUACUCUGACACCGCCUCAAGUUCUUUGUGCUCCAAAAGGCUUUAUUUGGAUUUGCGGAAGUAAUCCUUUACCAAUGAGUUCUAAUUCUACACCUAUAACCUCCGAUCAAGUGAGAGCCACCUUUUGUCUAGCUCCCUGGCUCCACCAAGGGGAAUGUACUCUAGGUUAUUUUGGCUUUUCAAGCUCUGCUAUUCAAAUCUACAGAACCAAAUACUUUGGCCACGGUAGAUCUAAGCGAGCCUUGGGGCUCAUUUUGGCAGGCAUUGGGGCAGCCAUUGGGUUCCUCGCCCCAUGGGGUGGCUUUGCUUAUCAUGAAGCAACUCUGAGGAAUUUAACCCAAGUUGUCAGAAACAUUGCAAUGUCUACAGGUAAAGCCAUUGAGUCUCAACAGCGCAGUUUAGAUUCUCUUGCCAACGUGGUUUUGGAUAACAGAAUCGCUUUAGAUUUUUUAUUGGCAGAACAAGGUGGUGUCUGCGCAAUAGCCAACACUUCCUGCUGCGUCUACAUCAACUCAUCUGGGAUCGUCGAGAUGAAUGUUAAGAAAAUUUAUCAGGCUGCUGAUUGGCUACAUGAAUUCAACCGACAAAAAGGAAGUCAAGAUAUUUGGAAUUACAUUAAAGAAGCCCUACCUACAUUUAGCUGGUUCCUCCCUCUGAUAGGACCCGUUGCAACAAUAUUUUUACUUUUAGUUUUUGGAACUUGUCUUUUUAAUCUGAUUGUUAAAUCUAUAUCUUCAAGAAUACAGAGCUCUACUUCAUAGAUGGUGCACCAACAGUGUUUCUAGGCCGUUGCUCCUCUUCCCUGGCAAUGUGAACUUGAGCCCCAAUUUCAGAGCAACGUCCCUAUUCAGCUGGAAGUAGUUACAGAAGGAUGACCUCCGUCCCUUUCCCUGGGGGUUCUGUUUGAGAGGAGUGAGUGAGAUACGCGCCCAACCCACUUAGUCCUGUGCAGUAUUAUAAACUCUGCGGCUGCUGAAUGUAGUUACCCUUUGGGUAUAAGACAUUGUCACGAGCUAUUGAAAUAUCUACCUCACAGACAGUCUACAAUUAAUCUGCAUUCUUGCCUUCCUGUUUGUCUUUGAGCCCUUUUCUUCCUGGGAAAGCUUCCCCCCCACAGCAAGCAAGCACUGUUUAUCAUCAGACCUGGUCUGCCACACAUAUGAAGAAAGGACAGUUGAAACUUACAGCUGACCCUGGAACUUUGUCAAGGAACAAAAGGUUGCUGGGCUGAUGUGACCAGACCAACCUGGACAACACUUACCAAACAAGAGUCCCAGAAGCCACUUGCUAGCUGUGAUUCACAACCCCACCCCAGUGAAUAUUUAUGACCAUUUCUUGGAAAUCUGUUACACAGUUAUAAUCCCCUCAAUGUAUUUCCUAAUGCCUAUGAAUAAAAGUGACAAUCCCCCUCUGCCUUUUUUAGGGGGCUUGUCUUGGUGACUCUA